AUGUCGAUCAGAAGGGGAGGAUUGAUGUCCUACAACCAGCGGCGCAUUGCCCGCUGGUACUUUGGAGGCCUGGCGAGCUCCAUGGCUGCCAUGGUUACGCAUCCGAUCGAUUUGAUUAAGGUGCUCAUCCAGACUCAGGCGGUGAAGCUUUCGGUGGUCCAGACCACUCGCAAGAUUGUCAAGGAACAGGGUGUUCUGGCCAUGUACAAUGGCAUCUCGGCCUCGAUGCUGCGCCAAUACACGUACACGUUGGCCCGUUUCGGCAUUUAUUCGGUGGGCUCUGGAGCUAUGGACACCAGCACCAUGGGGGGCAAAACACUUCUGGCUGCGAUUGCCGGAGGAAUUGGUGGCUUUGUGGGCGCUCCUGCGGAUUUGAUCAACGUCCGCCUGCAGAACGAUGUCAAGUUGCCACCAGAGAAGAGGCGCAACUACAAACACGCUAUAGACGGACUGGUGCGAAUCACCCGUGAAGAGGGAUGGAAAAAUCUCUUCAAUGGCUCCUCGAUGAUCGCGCUACGGGGAGCUUUUAUGACCGUGGGACAGAUUGCUUUCUACGAGCAGAGCAAGACCCAAAUAAUCAAAUUGGGAAUGCCCGAGAAUAUGGGCACCUACAUCGUAGCAUCGAUGAUUUCCUCCGUGGUGGCCACCACCUUGACGCAGCCCAUCGAUGUGGUUAAGACACGUCGGAUGAAUGCAGCACCUGGCGAGUAUUCUGGUUUGGGGGAUGUGUUUGUACAGACUUCAAAGGAGGGACCUCUGGCUUUCUUUAAGGGAUACGUUCCCUCUUUGUGUCGACUAUUGCCACACACGGUAUUAUUAUUCUUGGGCCUCGAGUACCUAAGAACUCACUUUGGAUAUCUCCCAGAACCAAAACAGACAGGUCCAUAUAAUCGAUAUGAUGAUGUUGAUGACUAAUCCUUUUGUGUUAUUUUCAAAAUUUCUAGCUUUCAUAUUACAUGACCAUUCAUUGCAUUGUAUGUCAGAAAACAAAAUACAUUUAUUUAAAGCAUGGCUUUCCUUUA